AUGGAAAAAAAUGAUAGAAAAUUUAUAGGGGGUAAGUUAAAAUUGAAAGUAAAGAAGAAAAAAAUCAGUAAAAAAAAAGAAAUAUUAGAAGAAAAGAAAAAGAAUACCUCUAACGAAAAUGAACAUAUUAAAAAGAAAAAUAUAAAUGAUGAAAUGAAUAUAAUUAAUGGUAGUGGAAGAAUAGUAACAAUAAAAAAUACAAUUCAAGGUUUUGAAACUAGAUUUAUAAAUGAAGUGAAAGUUGGUUAUGAAAUUAUUUUAAAACAUCCAACAAGUUUACAAGAAGAAAAAAGAGUUGUAACUUCUAUUUUAAGUAAUAAAACUUUACUUAUAAAUGAAGAAUUUUCAACAGAUAUAAGUACAACGUGUACCUACUUUAUAAAAAAAGUAGAAAGUAAACAAGAAAAAAAUGAAGAUGAUAAUAUAAAUUUACAAUAUGCAAAGAUAAUAGAGCAAAAACCAAAAAAUGAUGUUAUAAAAAUAAGAAAAAAGGUUGGUUUAUGGUCAUAUAAGAUUGUGGAUAAAAAGAUAAAAGGAAACUUAACAAAUGAACAAAAAUUAGACGAAAGAGUAAAAAGUGGAAGAGAUAAAUUUUGUUGGUGA